ACUUCUUGAACAAUUGUCUCUCUGGGAAAUCAAUAAAUACCCAGUCGUCUCCUCCCUCACCCUUGCCUGUUCAGUUCAUUGUUCACUCACCUACUUUAUCAAUCUUCAUUGACCAUUCAAGGCUUUUCGCCCACUUCUAUCAUCUUCUUUCCCGGGUCUAAUAUUAACCACCCUUCACACCACCACACCAUGGACACCGACAUGAACAAGUACAAUUCCAAAUGGGUUGAGUUCCAUAUUCGGGACCACCUGGAGGACGGCGAGAUCUCCGUGCGCCACACCGUCAUCGAGGACGGCGAAUUCCACAACCCCAACGAUCGUAGAAAAUCACUCCAUGAAGACGAGAUCGACGAGAUCGUGAUCCCUUCUGACGGCAUCGGCGAAAUCUGUGCUCACGGACGUAGAGGCAGUGAAGGUCGUCUGGACCUGUUCCAUGGCAACGACAAGAUCUGCGAGCUCCAUUGGGAUAACCGUGAAGGGAUACGCGAAAACCUGGUCGAAAUGCUGGAUGAAAGUGACAAAUACAGGAUCGAGCAUGGGGGAUGGAGCCCAGAGGCAGGACCUCUGGGCCAUGUUUACGUUGACGUGUGGGCUAAGGACAAGAGCAAGUAGUCUCUCUCCCCUAUACGUGAUGCCGUAGUCUUUUUACGGGUGUAGUCCUUUUUUCUUUUCGUUAAGAGUUCAACUUUUUUUUUUUUUUUUUUUUUUUUUUUUU